UACCGCCCCUCCUCAGCGCCGCCCCGUCCCGCGGUUCGUCCCGUCGGUGCCGGUGUUCGGAUCUCGCAGCCGCCGGCACCGGGCGCCCAGGACACGGGCAGGGAUCGUUCCGCGCGGCCGCAGGUCGAUGUCCGGUUUGUGCUGAGCCGGCUCCUUGCUGCGGUUUAUUCUGUUCCUGCAGGCGCGGCCGGGCCGCCUCCAUCCGCGGGACUGCGCGCACCACAAGAUGGCGGCGCCCACGGCAGCGGGGCUGCGCCGGCGGCUGCGGGCAUGGCUGCCUCGGCUGACACAGGUGAGAUGGAGUCGCUACAACCCCAGCUUCCUAGAGCCAGAAGUGAACAAAGAAUUGUAUCAGAAACCUGUUAAUGAGCUGUCUGAAGAGGAAAAGGAAAAGCAAGAACUUAAAGCUGUUCGUCCCAUUAAAGCAGCUCCUCCCAGUAUCUCCAGCUCCGUUUUCAGUGACCCCAUGAUCAGUAAAUUCACCAAUAUGAUGAUGAAGGAUGGAAAUAAAGUGCUGGCCAGAAGCCUCAUGGCUCAGACUCUAGAGAACAUUAAGAGGAAGCAACUGGACAAGUACCACAAAGCUCCAGACGAUGAGAAGGAGAAAGUUGAAUGCAACCCUUACGUCAUUUUCCACCAGGCUCUGAAAAACUGCCAGCCUAUCAUUGGACUCAGCAACAUCACGAGAGGUGGCAAAACCUACCAGGUGCCAGUCCCUUUGAAGGACAACCGCAAGCGCUUCUUGGCCAUGAAGUGGUUAAUCACCGAGUGCAGGGAGAACAAGCACCGCCGGACACUGAUGCCUGAGAAGCUUUCUGAGGAGCUGAUCCAGGCCUUCAACAACGAAGGACCCAUCAUCAAGAAGAAGCAUGUGCUGCACAAGAUGGCAGAAGCCAACCGGGCUUACGCCCACUUCCGCUGGUGGUAGGGACUUUGCACGGGAUGCACACACUGCAGAGCUCUGUCUGUCAGUGCUCUCAGGUUGUGGGGAGCAGAGUCCCCGGGCCACCUGCUUGACAGAAGCUGGGAAGUAGAGGGAAAGGUGGAAAAUCCCUUCUGGACAGCAGAACUAAGCCAAGGAAAGCUUCUCCAGUCCCCACACAGUUCAUUUGCUUUGCGCUUGUCUGGAUGGGAAAAGGAGGAAUCUGAAACAGUUACUGAUCCCUGCACAGAUAUGCUAGUUUUUUCAUAAUCACUUUUCUGUGAAGACAAGCCUUAUAUGCUUUUGUUACAGCAACACUGUACAAAAUAAUCUGUUCCACUCAUGUGUUUCCUAGGGACUUUUAAAUCUGCUCUUGCAGCAACAUUUUUCUGGCUGCAUAACUAGGAAAGAGCAGAUCUGGAGGGUUUUUUUCCAUACCAUAACAAGCCUCAACUUUUGGUUCUGCUCAUCAGCAACAUUGUACAGAUUUCAGUGGAGUGUUAACAGAAAAAAUAAUACCAGUGCUUUACAGGGAAGGUUUCCUGAUUCCAAA